CGUCCCGCCACGCAGGUUAAUGCCCGGAACUGCCGCCCCAUCCUCCGCAAAACCGGAAGAAACUGAUGGUGGCUGACGAGGUUCAAAUCUCCCCCGCCUUCCCUCUGUUUCUGUUUCCCCGCCUCCUCAGCGGAAGCCGAGCGCCAAACUCAAAUUUUAGCAGGACCGGGACUCCUUUAGGCUAGUUCCGUGGGCUGGGCCUGCUGGACUUUUCCGCUUACUGGCAGGGGCAGCGGACCAACAUGAGCCAGGUUCUGUUCCAGGAGCUCGUCCCGCUGCAGGUGAAAUGCAAAGACUGUGAGGAGAGGAGAGUAAAUGUUAGAGUGAGCAUUGAACUACAAUCAGUUUCCAAUCCAGUUCACAGAAAGGAUUUAGUUAUCCGUCUGACUGAUGAUACUGAUCCAUUUUUUCUGUAUAACCUUGUUAUAUCUGAGGAAGAUUUUCAGAGCUUAAAAUUCCAGCAAGGCCUUUUGGUAGACUUCUUGGCUUUCCCACAAAAAUUUAUAGAUCUCCUUCAGCAAUGUACUCAAGAACAUGCCAAAGAAAUUCCAAGGUUUUUGCUACAGUUAGUUUCUCCAGCACCUAUUUUGGAUAACUUACCUGCCUUUUUAAAUGUGGUAGAGACAAAUCCUUUUAAGCAUCUCACACACCUCUCACUAAAACUUCUACCUGGAAAUGAUGUGGAAAUAAAGAAGUUUUUAGCUGGCUGUUUGAAAUGUAGCAAGGAAGAAAAAUUAUCAUUGAUGCAAUCACUAGAUGAUGUUACUAGGCAACUGAAUUUCACACAAAAGACAUUAUCAGAAAAAAUCCAAGAAUUAGAUAAGUUGCAGAAUGAAUGGGCAUCACACACAGCUGCAUUGUCAAAUAAACAUUCCCAGGAAUUGACAAAUGAGAAAGAAAAGGCCUUGCAGGCACAGGUACAGUACCAACAGCAGCAUGAACAACAGAAAAAAGAUUUAGAAAUCCUCCAUCAACGAAACAUCCAGCAACUACAAAACAAAUUAUCUGAGUUGGAAGCAGCUAAUAAAGACCUAACCGAAAGGAAAUAUAAAGGAGACUCUACCAUCAGAGAACUUAAAACAAAACUGUCUAGUGUUGAAGAGGAGCUCCAGCGGGCUAAGCAAGAAGUCCUCUCUUUGCGGAGAGAGAAUUCUACACUAGAUGCCGAAUGCCACGAAAAAGAAAAGCAUAUUAAUCAGCUACAAACAAAAGUGGCUGUUUUAGAACAGGAAAUCAAGGAUAAGGACCAGCUUGUUUUAAGAACAAAAGAAGCAUUUGAUACAAUCCAGGAACAAAAGGUUGCCUUAGAAGAGAAUGGUGAGAAAAAUCAGGUACAACUAGGAAAACUUGAAGCUACGAUCAAAUCAUUAUCAGCGGAACUUCUUAAGGCAAAUGAAAUUAUCAAGAAGUUACAGGGGGAUCUGAAAACUUUAAUGGGUAAAUUGAAACUGAAGAAUACAGUAACUAUUCAGCAAGAGAAACUCUUGGCUGAGAAGGAAGACAAAUUACAAAAGGAACAAAAGGAAUUACAAGAUGUUGGACAGUCUCUCCGAAUUAAAGAGCAAGAGGUGUGCAAAUUACAAGAACAGUUAGAAGCUACUGUUCAAAAGCUUGAAGAAAGCAAACAACUUCUAAAAAAUAAUGAAAAGUUAAUCACAUGGCUAAAUAAAGAACUAAAUGAAAAUCAGCUAGUGAGAAAGCAAGAUGUAUUGGGACCUUCUACCACUCCACCUGUACAUUCUAGCAGCAACAUAAUCAGAAGUGGGAUUUCUCCUAACUCUAAUGUGGUUGAUGGUAGACUGACUUACCCAACUUGUGGGAUUGGUUAUCCUGUCUCCUCUGCAUUUGCAUUCCAGAAUACCUUUCCUCAUCCUAUAUCUACCAAAAAUACCAUCCACCCAAUUUCAGGACCAAAGGUUCAGUUUAACUUGCAGUUUACAAAACCAAAUACAUCACUAGGAGAUGUUCAGUCAGGAACAACUAUUAGUAUGCCUUGCUCAAUUGAUAAGGAAAAUGGUGCAAAUUUAGGGCUGGAAUCCAAAUACCUGAAGAAAAGGGAAGAUAGCAUUCCUUUACGUGGGCUCAGCCAAAACCUGUUCAAUAAUCCAGACCAUCAAAAAGAUGGCACUUUAGGAGCAUUACAGACAUCUUCCAAACCCGCAGUGCUCCCUUCUGCAUCUUCAGCGUAUUUCCCUGGGCAGUUAACAAACAGUUAGUGCUGGUGUUACCUUUUACAUUUUAUUGAAAUUUUAGAAAUUCCCAUGGUUUAAAAAUAUAUGAACAGCAUAGAUCAAAUCCUCAGCCAGCGAGUUUCAAAGUUUACUUGAGCUUACUGUAUUAGAUUGUUUGGAUCCUUUUUAAGUACUGCUGUCAUUUCAUGACAAGCUAGAGGAGCUGGUUUGUACUUGGGGGAUUCUGAGUGAAGAUUCUCAGGAAAUGACACCUUUUAGUUUGUGUACAUGGUGUUUUAUAGAAUAACAGUAUGAAUUUUAUUAAAUGAAUCCUUUGAAAAGUAGUUCUAAGGAAAGAGUUGAUGCUUUUACGGGACAUUCUAGUCAUUGAGUAUCUGGGUAAAUGAAAACCUGCUCAGACAUAAUAUGAAACCAAAGAAUGUUAAUAAUUCAUUUUAUCAUUUUCAUUGGUAGAAGUUUUAAAUUUGACACCUGAAAAUUAUGAGGGAAAAUUAUUAUCUCCAAAGAUAUCUAUAUUAUAAUUACCAUAAAGGGAAAAGUCUUAGAAUUACCUUCAAUGAAUGAAAUUAAUCCUUCAUAGCAAGUAUUUUCCUUGCAACAUCUUUAAAUUAGCUAUUGAACAAGUCUAAGUAAUUUUGAUAAAUUAUAAAAAUAAUUUGGACAAUGUAUUUAUAUAACCGGAUUGGGUGCUUUUAAUCAUUUGAGCUGCAAAGUUUAUAGGAUUUUAAUGCUUCCUGGAAAACUACAUUUACCCAGUUUUUCUUUGUUUGGAGUUUUAUUAGUUUGUUAUACAAUUAAAUUAGUGGAAUGUUUUAAAAAUUAGUACUAUACAAAAUACUUUUAAGAGCAUCAUGAAUAUUCAUUUUUUUUUAUAAUAUCAGAGUGGGUACACCCAGUACAGAGUAGCAUUCUCUUAUGAAACGUAUAAAUCAGUUUUUGUUUGCAAGGAUUGCUAAUGCUCAUGUAAUAUUUAUAAACUAUUUUCAAGGACCUUACUACACAGAUAAGGAAAGAGAAUUCAGUAUAUUAAUAUCAGUAUUAUUGGGUUCAUGUUAUAAGACAAUCUAGUAUUUACUCAUAUUUUUCUGAAGCCACAAUAUUGAGUCUUGUACUUUGAAACUGUGCUGGUAGUUGCAAAGAGUCUUAACUAGGGGAUUUAUUCAAAAAAAUUUAGUGACCAUUAUUGGGUAGUUACUUUUAUAUGUGACUUGUCAUUUCAAUAUACUAUUAUGAGUAUUAGUAAGAAUACUUGGUUACAGCAACUUGAAAUCACUUACUAAUAAUAAUCUGGAAAGUGGCCUCUUGGUGAUACUAGAAUCUUUCCUGUAAAUAGAAUGUAACAUAUAUAUAAAACAUUGUGACAGGGUUUGGAUGGGACUUAGGACAUACAGGUAGUUCUUUUUUAUUUGAAAUUGUUUUGCAGUGUACAGCUGUACAUGUGUUAAUAAUCACAAGGUUGCACUUAAUUUCUGUGAACUGUGAGCUUCGUUAAUAAAGUAUGGUAUAUGACGUGUAUGUAAAAACAAA